GUACCUAAUUUGUUAUAGUUUAUUUUUUAGGUUCUUAGAGACAGAAAUGUGGUUGUGCAGCUUGUGAGAAGAGCUGAAAGAGCUGGAUUCAAUGCAAUUGUCCUUACUGUGGACUCUCCAGUUCUUGGCCGUAGGGAGAUGGACACCAAAAACAGAUUUACAUUGCCACCAAACACGGUAUUGAAGAAUUUUGAAGGAUUAGAUCUUAGAAAGUUUUACAAGACCAAUGACUCUGGUCUUCCAUCUUAUGUUGGAUCAGUUGAUCGAUCAAUCUUGGACAGAGAUCGGUCGCUCAGCUGGAAGGAUAUAAAAUGGCUUCAAACAAUCACUUCAUUGCCAAUUAUAUUGAAGGGUGUACUUACUGCUGAAGAUGCAAGGUUAGCCAUACAAGCUGGAGCUGCAGGAAUCAUUGUUUCCAAUCAUGGAGCUCGCCAACUUGACUAUGUCCCUGCAACUAUUAUGGCUUUGGAAGAGGUAGUUAAAGCUGCACAAGGAAGAGUUCCAGUUUUUUUGGAUGGUGGAAUUCGUCGAGGGACGGAUGUUUUUAAAUCACUAGCUCUUGGAGCAUCUGGUGUAUUUAUUGGUAGACCUGUGGUGUUCUCAUUGGCUGUUGAUGGUGAGGCUGGUGUGAGAAAAGUACUUCAAAUGCUUCGUGAUGAGUUUGAGCUAACAAUGGCACUAAGUGGUUGUGGUUCACUCAAGGAGAUAACUCGUGACCAUGUUGUGACGGAAUGGGAUCGCCCAAGAAUUGCUCCCAAGUUAUGAUUGUAGGACUCUAGCAUGUUUGGCUAUAUUCUAAAAUUCUUAUUUUAUAAUAACCCGAUGUUCGUAUUCCAUGCUUCAAUGGGAAGCUUUGUGUUACAUUGAGUCAUGUAGUGCUACUUCUUUAUGGGUGUUUGUGAUUCAUUGAUUGUGAGAUCAUACCUACUAUGUGUUCAUUUCCAAUGGCCAAGUGAUAGAUCCAAACGAAUUUCAUCUGCACCUGCUUAGAUGAAAGACUUUAUUUAA